AUGAGCAAGGCAAAAUCGAGAUAUUCAACAGAAGAGCAGGCUGCUGUUUAAUCCAAAGUUUAAUCCAUUUAAUUGCCCAGCAUUAAAUAAGAAUAAGUUAAUUCUGUAUCAGUUAUUGCUUUAAGUGAAUUAUAUUAGAUUAAAAAUCAUAUAUAAGGCGAGAAAUAAACCAAAAAAACACUUGAUAAUUAAAGACUUUGGGCAUAAAGAAUAACAAAGUAAAGAUAAUAAAAAGAGGCUGAGAAAUUAGAGAGAUUCACUAAGGAGGAGGAAGAAAGAAGAAAAAUUGAUAAAGAAGAGGAAGAGUAUUAAGAGAGACUCAAAAAUGAACUUGUAAAAGAAUCGAAUUAAAAAAUAUUUGAUCAAAGAGCAGAUGUUCGAAAUUUGAAGGCAUAAAUGAUGUUAAGUGAAGUUGAGAGAACUAAUGAAUAAUUAAAUGCUAUUAAUAGGGAAUAAAAAGAACUCAAAAAAAUACAUGAAGAGGAAAAGGAAAAAGAGUAUGAAAUGCAGGAAUAUUAUAAAGAGCAGGAAUUAAUGCUUAGGAAAGAGAAAUAAGCAAAGAAGAAAAAAGAAUGCAAUGAGAUCUUAGCUGAUUAGCAUAAAUAAGUCAAGGAGAGAUAUUUGAAGGAAAUGAUGCUAGAUAAACAAGAAGGAUAAUUAAUUAAGAAGAAAGCAGAGGAAGACGAAAUUUUCAGAGAACAAUAAAAAUUAGAUAUCAAACAUAAGUAGUAGAAAUUACUCAAAGAACAUGAGGAAUUCAUGGAAAAGAGAAGAGAAUUAUAAGAACUAGAAAAAAGUAUUUUGGAUGAAGAGGAUAAGAAAAUAAUUGACCAUGAAUUUCACAAAGAAAAAGUGUUAUAGAUGAGAAAAGAUAGAGAACAUUAAAAAUAACACAAAAAGGAAUAACUCAGAAAAUAGAUUUAUGAUCUUAGGGUGGAAUAAUAAAAAUAAUAAGAAGAUAAUUAUAUGUAAACCAUUUAAAAACAUGCAGAGGAACUCAAACAAAAAUAGGAUGAAGAAUUGAAAUAGAAAGAAUUAGAAAAAACAUAAAUGAUUUAAGAUGCAGAAAAUAUGAGAUUGAAACAACUUCAAAUUUAAUAAUAAAAGAAGGCAAAUUAAUAGGCAGAAUAGGAAGUAGAUUUUAAAUAAAAAUUAAAAGCAUUAGAAUAAUUAGAAUAAGUUGAAUAGCUGCAAAAUGAUGUAUUGAAAAGGAGGAAUAAAGACUUGUAGGAUUAUUAGAAAAUAUAGAUAGAAGCUAAAAAGUAGCAACGAAAAAAUUAAUAUAUGCAAGAGUUGAAGGAAUCAUUACAAAUGCAAUAACGAAAUCAAACUGAAAAACAAGUAUACUCUUCUUGGGCUCAACAGUGUAUUGAAGAGUGGAAGGAUAAUGGCAAAAACAUAUUGCCAAUGGUGAAAGCACUCUAUUAAACUGAAUGA